AUGGUAAAAGAAGCAACAACACAAGGAGCAUGCUUAAUUUUUCGGAAAUCGUCCAUUUCAUCAAUGAAACUCAAGGAUGUAUGGAAGCAUGUGAAGAACUACAAUAACAAGGCAAAUGAAAUAUCACAACACUACAAGGCUAAUCAAGUUUAUGUUAUGGACAAUACAUCUUGUCCUAAGAAAGUGCAAGACAGAAAGGGAAAAGGCAUAGCGAAUUGCUCUGAGACUUAUCAAGAUCAAGCAAUAGGUUCUUUAAUAGAAAAAGACGAGCUAAAAAGGUCUAAGAGAAUGAGAAGUACUAAUGAGGAGGCACAAGUUAAAAGUAGUGGUACUUUAGAAAUAGAGGAAAAUCAUUCUUUGCUUUCAAAAAUAACUACAGAAAGACCACAAAAAAAAAAAAGACACUUGCAAUGUACACCAGAUCUUGAUAAGAAAUUAGACGAGGAUGUUCACGAGUUAGGAGAAAAAGGUAAGUAUUUAAAGACUUGGUUUUUAUCCAAAUAG